UUGUGCGCGACGGGCCUCGGUGUACAGUUGUUACAUGGUGGUGCAGCUCUGCAGACACAAGCUGGGACUGUGUGAGUGUGUGAGCAGCAGUGUACGGGCCUGAACGCCGCGGGUCGGGGUCUCUGUGCUGCAGAGCGCCGCUGUUCGCAGGAGCUGUUCCUCUGCGACCGACGACCGCUGCUCGUCUACAGCUAACAGGCUAAUGUUAGCCACCAGGCCCCUGCCGACAUUGUUUCUGUUCAACAGCGAAGGAGACAAAUGUGAUUGGUGACACUUCCGUCGUUGCUCCGACAUAUCCCGGGGACAAAACUCGUACAAAAAAACCCAAAGCAUUAACCCGGGUUCUUUAGAAAUAUUGGUUUGUUUUUGGCAGCGCACUAAACGUUAGCAUCGCCUGUGGUCGUGAGCUGACUGCAUUAAGAUAAUGACUUCCAGGAGGACAGGCUAUGCUGGUAGCAUGGAUUCCUCUCAGUCCAACAGCGGCCCGGUCCACAGCGGAAACCGUAAACAAAGUAUCAUCAACAUCCCCGACAGGACCGGGAUAGAGUCCUGCUUUGAUCGCAAAGCGGACAAGGCUGGAUACGGAGCCUCGCAGGGCGGCAUGACCGUAACGUCGCUCAAAUCCCGCCUCGCCCCGACCAUUCAGACUGCCAUGUCCGCCGCAGUCGACACUCUGCUGGGCGAAGUGGUGCUUGUGCUCAACGAGACUCAGCAAGAGUUGCUGCACAAGGAGCAAGAGAAUGAGAGACUCAAAGUGCGUCUGGAGGUGUCCGAGAGGGAGCUGAAGACUCUCCAGGAGUGUCUGUGCAGCGCUCAGAAGCUCAUAGAUCAGCUGCAGAUCUCCUACACGGGCUCUCAGUCCAUUAGCCAGUCAGUGUUCGCCCCAUCGCUGUCUUCCAUGGCUUCGAUGACCUCAGGCCUGGACAGGGACCACCAGAAUUCCCGAAAUGUGAAUGGAGCCGGUGUUGACUUGGGUCUUGGAGGCUCUGUGGAUGAUUCGCUUCAUGGGUUCGAGCCAAGAGAUGACUACAAAAUGUGCCAGCUUUCAAUCCAACCAGAUGGCUCUGUGACUAACCACGCUCUAGACUUUGCAUCCAACACACCUCACAUGUGCUCCGAUUCCAGCAGACAGGAUGAGAGGCAGUCUCAGGGGCCAGGUGGAGCGUCCAGGUUUGAGAUCAAAGAGGAGCAGGGACCAGCCUCGGGCUCUGGUCAGGCCAGCAGGAAGGAGCCUGGGUUGCGUAACGACAACAGAGUCGGGGAUGGCGAGCGGUCGUCCCACAACGUUGGCGACCUUGGCUACGUUCAAGUUGGAGGGGAAGGAGGCUCUCAGCGUUCCUUUACCCAAGCUCUGCGUCCCCAAAGACCUGUGCGAGACUGCGGUGGUGCGCUGCAGCAGGGCGGACUUGACGGACAGAAACAGUUGGGUAGGACUUCUGGAGCCGGGAGAGGAGACAGUGUUUCACCCGGCAGAGCGGAGGACUCGGCAGGACCUUCGGCCCCUGACACAGCAGGGGACCCCUCUGGAGAUCGGCCUCACCACUGCUUGGAGUGUGGGAAGACUUUCCGUCUGAUCUCCAGCCUGAAGAAGCACAUCCGCAUCCACACUGGAGAGAAGCCCUACCCGUGUGGGGUCUGCGGCCGCCGCUUCCGCGAGUCGGGGGCGCUCAAGACCCACCUGCGCAUACACACAGGCGAGAAGCCGUACUCUUGCUCUGAGUGUGGGAACUGCUUCCGCCACUUGGACGGUUUGCGCAAGCACAGGCGCACGCACACGGGGGAGAAACCCUACGUGUGCGCCAUCUGCGGGAAGCGCCUGAGCCGCCUGCAGCACCUCAAACACCACCAGCUCAUCCACACCGGAGAGCGGCCGUGCUGCUGCCCCUUCUGCAACCGCAGUUUCAAGGAGCCCGCAGCGCUGCGGAAACACAUCCGCACGCACCGGGAGGAAGGCGGUCACAUGGGAAUCGGUGCCAGCGAUGACACGGACCCAGACGCCAUGGAUGACAUUAACAAUCUCCAUCCAGCAGCUCCGUCCCCUCAGAUGAGGUUCGGGGAGUGGGGAGCUGAGGAGGACGACAGCUCGGUCGUGGACUGUGUGUAGAGGACGAUUAAAGGAGCGACCGUCUGUGGGCGUUCUGACCGUGGAACUCACUCCAGGUGGAAAACAUGGAAGAAGUUUGUGUGUAGUUAAACACGAUGGCUAAAGUCAUCUCUGUUCCAUGCUGUUAAAAGUGAAGGCUACAUAUAACCUUAGCCUUAGAGCUUCACUUACAUCUGACAUUUUCACAUCUCACACUCUUUAGAUGUAAAAAAAAAAAACCAAACAUUUAAAUUAUAUCCUCUGUACAUUCUUCAACAGGAAGUUGGUUUUUAUUUUCUGGACAUUCCUGCAGCAGCAGCAGCAGCAGACAGGUUGUUCUUUGCACAGAGAGUUGCUGCUUUGCCAACUGUCAGGCAACAAAUUGGUAAACUGAUGGCAGAAGUGGUCAAGAGCUGUUUUCCCCACUUAAGAAAUAUAAGUGCCUUGAACACUCACUCAGCCAUCAACUGAGCCGCUGCUGCUGCUGCUGCUGUUCAAGACGGUUCCCACCUGGAUUUUUAGUUUUGUUUCUUAUAGUUUCACACUUUAGACGGAGGUUGAGUUUGCUGUUGGUUGUCUUCAGUUUCUAAUUGGGCGUGCUUUUGCCAACACACUGAGCUGCUUGAAUAAAUAUAAAUGGAAUGGAUCCAUAGGGCUGGUUCAUGCUUCAUGUGCGUGCAGGAGUAAAGACGAUGUACAUUAUGUAGCAUUAUUAACUAAACCAAGUAUUACAGUAUUUCUGGUUAAUUUUUCUGAUCAUGAUAAGUGAAUAGGAGUGUUGCACUCUGCUGGUGCAGUCGAUUAAAUAGUAUAAAAAAAAAAUGGAUCUUUUUCACUUUAAUGCAUCCUUUAGGAGCAGGACUAUAACAUAUUGACAUUAUGUACCUAAAUCUUGACAAUAUCUGUCUCCUGUUAUGAUAUCAGUCUCCCAGCUCUACCUCGGUAUUCAUCCUAGCUGUGUCGCUGGUCUUAUUUGUUCUGCUAAUCCUGUAUGGAGAUGUGGAGUUGCAGCACUGUUUAGUAUGAUUCACCUUUUUAAUGAUGCAUAAUAGGGCAGUCAUAAAGUAAGUAUCUCUUUACUUAUAGUCUUCUGGUUUCUUCACAUAAACAGUUAUGGUGAGUUAUGGUCUUUUUUCCAGUAACGGUCCUGCUACAAGUGGAUGCAGUAUUAUUAGAAAAUCUGGUGCUCAUAAAGGACCAAAGGACAUUCGCAAAUAUAAUUUUUAAACCGCAGGUGUCACAACUAUUCUCAAGUAAUAAUUAACCGAAGAAAAUACCAUUUAAAAAAACACUAAUUGAGCAAAAAAUCGAAUUCCUAGUCGACAUAACUGGACAGUUGAGUCAUGGAAUUUAAGAGGGUGGCUUUGCCUUGCAGUCUGCCCUAACGAGGUCGUUUGUAAGCUAAAGAGCUAAAUCAUCACUUUGACUAGAUGUACGCUGUCGUGUGUGUCUUCAUGAAGCAUGAAGCAGUUCUGCUCUUCAGUCGACAUUCUGAAGCCCUGCCCUACUGUCUUAUCUCUCUUCAUCUCUCCCUGCAGAGCCCUCAUCAGUUACACAACCGUAAUGUUGUCAGUCGAGCGGAAGUUAUCUGAGCAAAGAGUGUGAUAUCUGAUCAUACAGGAAACACAAACAGUUGGCAUCAGCAUCCCACAUCAACCGCUUACACCCUGUUUUACUGUUUCUCAUCCCUCUCUCUCUCUCAUUCUCUCUCUGAUGGACCAUACCUUAGCAUUCCGUAUUUUGUUCAAGCUGCUACUGUACGUCUAGAAAGCCUUUCCUUUUCUGGACUUGUGUUCUUGUUACCAGCCAGUUACUAGCAAUUACUAGCAGACAGAUUUUGGUGCUUGCAUGUGCAUAUCUGUUCCUCUGCUGGCAACGAUGCCUCCCGGCUGCUUCUGUAAAUAAGAAUGUAGUUUUUAGCCAUUUUAUCCGGUUGAAUGAGGGUUAACAUUCGUGGAAAACUUAAAGUGCAACAAUGACUUUUUUUAAUUCUUUUUUUUUAACGACGUAACGUGCUUUGAAAACGUCAGUAUGCUAACAUUCAGUGUAAAUACAUAUAAUCUUGAUAAAUUUCUUCCUGAUGCUCGGAUGUGACACGACUGAUGCAUCAGGGUUAACUGCAGAGCAUUAAUCUUCUCAGCCAUUUGAGCUAUACUGUAGGUCUCUGGUGUCAUUUACCAUGUAUACUAUGAUGGUCUCCAUGAUUCUAUGUACAUUUAAGUGUAAGUCAUUUUAAAAAGGCACACAAAAUGUUAAAUACCUGUAUACUCAAGAAAAACCAUUUGCCAAGGUAGUCUCCACCCCAGAUAAUCAUAUUUAUUGUUUUUUGUAUUGCAUACAGGGAGGCCUUUGCAUGUAGGUUUAAACUUAAAUGGCAUUCUUCCUUAAAGUCAGUGUUGAACGUGAAAUGAUACUUCUUUUUUUAUGCUUCUGUGUUCAGAAUAUAUUCCCCCACACCACAUUCAUCCUGUUACCUACUGUAAAUGUUACUAUAUUAAAGGGCCUUGUUUAUACUUC